ACUCUGUUUAAGAUCCCACUUUUCAAGAUGAAGAACCUGAUACUGGUCUUGUGCCUCUUGGAAACGAGUUCUGCAGUGCCGGUGUUUCCUCGGCAGCCGGGGACAGCGGGCAUGGCUAGUUUGAGCCUGGAGACAAUGAGACAAUUGGGCACCUUGCAGGGACUAAAUAUGCUUUCUCAGUAUUCAAGAUUUGGCUUUGGGAAAUCACUUAAUUCUUUGUGGAUGCAAGGUCUCCUUCCACCACAUUCCUCCUUCCCAUGGAUGAGACCAAGGGAACAUGGAACUCAACAGUAUGAAUAUUCUUUGCCUGUGCAUCCCCCACCUCUCCCAUCGCAGCCAUCCCUGCAGCCUCAGCAGCCAGGACAGAAACCUUUCCACCAGCCCAGCGUGAUCACCGCCAUCCAGGACACAGUCCAGAAGGGAGGACCUCAGCCUCCGGUUUACCACGGACAGCCACCCUUGCAGCAGGCAGAGGGGCCCAUGAUUCAACAGCAGGUGGCACCAUCAGAGAAGCCACCAAAGACCAAGACCGAGGUAAAUCCUUCCCCUGAACAACCAGGAAUGGAUUUUGCUGAUCCACAAGGUCCAUCCCUACCAGGAAUGGAUUUUGCUGAUCCACAAGAUCCAUCCCUACCAGGAAUGGAUUUUGCUGAUCCACAAGGUCCAUCCAUAUUCUCAAUAGCCCGUUUGAUAUCUCAGGGACCACUGGCCCAAAAUAAACCAUCUUCACUUUAUCCAGGAAUGUUUUACAUGUCCUAUGGAGCAAAUCAAUUGAAUGCUCCUACCACACUUGGCAUCAUGAGCUCAGAAGAAAUGGCAGGAGGCAGAGGAGGCCCCAUGGCCUAUGGAGCCAUUUUCCCAGGAUUUGGAGGCAUGAGGCCGAGCCUUGGAGGGAUGCCUCCCAAUCUAGGCAAGGGUGGGGACUUUACUCUGGAAUUUGACUCCCCGGUCGCUGCAACCAAAGGCCCAGAGAAGGGAGAAGGACCUGUGCAAGGCUCCCCCGUGCCGGAGGCCAACCUAGCCAAUCCAGAAAACCCAGCUCUCCUUCCAGAGGUAGUAAUGCCUGGCGCCCUUGCAGGGCUUCUUGCUCUCCCGAAGGACAAUAUUCCCAGCCUGGUCAGGGGCCCUGAAGAGCACAACAAGGGAUCCCCCAGGGUUACCCCAGCAGCCGCUGACCCACUGAUGACCCCUGGAUUAGCUGAUGUUUAUGAGCCCUACGCUGCUGAUACGACCACACCUUUGGGAGAAACGACCUUGGAUACCACAGUGACCCCAGACACAGAGCAAACUUCGAUGCCAGGAAACAAGGUCCAGCAGCCCCAUAUUAUGCACAACGGGUGGCAUUUCCAAGAGCCCUGA